AUGGACGCGCCGGAGUCCGGCGAGUGCCCAGGUGGAUGGAUGGCAGUCGGCGCCGCCGUGUGCCGCGUCUUCGACACCGCUUUCCGCCGCGCUCCAUCACGUGCGCGCUUACUGGCGCCACAGGACCAACAGGCUCUCCCUUGCCUGGAAAAUGUUAAAGGGAAGAAUGUAGCUUCUCCUACUGAUUGCCUUGCUACUAAGGGUCUGCCAAACAAACAAAAUACCUGGAUAAAACCAUUGCAGGGUUGUAUCAAGGUAAAUGUUGAUGCCUCUUUUGUUCAAGCUGACAGUCAAGCAAAUGUUGGGGUGGUGGCUAGAGAGGAGAAUGGAAAUGUACGUUUUUCUGCUGCCAGAAUGUUGAUCAAUUGUUCUUCUGCUGAAGAAGCAGAGCUCGAAGCUAUCAGGGAUGGCAUUACUCUUGCUGCUACGUGGACUCAGGGAAAUGUCACUUGUGAAACCGACUGUCUUGCUGCUGCUUUUGCUAUUAACAGGGAUGGAAAGGACCUGUCGCAGCUCUGUCACAUUAUAAAUGAUAUCAAGGAUUUGCUGUGCUCUCACAACAGAGUUCGUGUUGUUCAUAUUAGCAGAUCUUGUAAUCGCCUAGCUCAUUGUAUAGCUACUCUUGCUAGAACUUGUAAUACUGUGGGGUUUUGGCUGGGUUCUGUUCCAGAUGCUGUUGAACCUCUGUUGGUGGAGGAGUGUAAUUUGGAUAUUGGUUAA